GACUCUCAGCCCCGGGCAGAGCCCCUCAGGUGGGUGCGGACCUCGGCGGGUCCCGCUGUCCCAGCCCUACAUUGAGUCUGGCCCACACACGCCUGGCCACGGGGGCGACCGCAUAAAACGCGCGCCCAGCAGGGUCUAGAAGCGGCUGUCGACUUCGGCUGGACGAGGAUGGAGUGACCUGUGCGGCCCUGGCCACUCAGACCAAGCUCCACGCUCCUGGUCCGCUAUUGCAGCGGAGCGGAGCCCUGCACGGCCGCUCCAGGAAAGGGCACGCAGCGCGGGAAGCCGCCAUGGACCGCGACGGCCCCGCAGGCAGCCCCCUGAUCGCUAGCAACGAGACCGCGCCCCCGGUUGCCGCCACCCGCGACUCGAGCCCCGGCAGGGCCGGGCCAGGACCCGCGGGCCCGGGCGGCAGUGCGCGCCCGGGGGGCGGGAGGCCGGCUGCAGCGAACGCUGCGCGGGAGCGAAGCCGCGUGCAGACUCUGCGGCACGCCUUCCUGGAGCUGCAGCGCACGCUGCCGUCGGUGCCGCCGGACACCAAGCUGUCCAAGCUGGACGUGCUGCUGCUGGCCACCACCUACAUUGCUCACCUCACCCGCAGCCUGCAAGACGACGCCGAGGCGCCGGCGGACGCUGGGCUGGGCGCCCUGCGCGGCGACGGCUACCUACACCCUGUCAAGAAAUGGCCCAUGCGAUCAAGAUUAUACAUCGGUGCUACUGGUCAGUUUCUGAAGCAUUCUGUGUCAGGAGAAAAAGCAAAUCAUGGCAGUGCCACAACAGACUCACAGCCUUAGGCUUCUCCCUGAUGGGCGCUGGUGGAAAGUGGCGUCCAUUGUUUUUAAAUAGUAGGAAGUCAGUCUGUAUUUAUUACAUCAGACAUAACAAACAUCAUUCCUGAAAGUUUGCAUGUGAAUCCAUAGCGGGAAGUUCAGAUUUAUCUGUCUAAUCUAAAUAAAUGUGGAAUGAAGUCAUCAGUCUUGUAUAAAAUACACAGCUUAUCUAUCUGUUGUGAGAGAUAUUCACUACUGUAUAGUGCAAGAAAAACUAUUGGAAAAAAGAAAAGUACCCAAAUCAAAGAAUUUUGUAUAUAUCCAAAGAAUGCACACAUUUUCUGUAGGGUAUCUAUUACACCCUGAAAAGCUGAUAUCUAUCAAUAAUCUUGAUAGUUUAAAAAAAAUAAGGCACCAAUAUUCCAUUUUUGUGAAAACCAGUUUAUGCUUAAGUUGGUCUGAGAAGCCAUUUCAAUUGGAAGGUGUGAGAUCAUUUAUUCAGUUUUCGCUAAAGAUGUGUGAAAAGUUUGUUGAGGUAUUAGGAAGUUGCAGUAACUUCUACAACUAGUUAUUUUUCCCUCUUAGAAAACCUGUUUGGAGUAUUAGAUGAGUUUGCUGUAUUGGACAGGGCUUGGCCACCUUCCUAGAUGACUAUGAAAUAUCUUAUUAUGUUUCCAAAUUGUGGAAGGCUUUGGGAAUCCCUGUAGCCCAGUGUAAAUAGCAGACGAGUGUCACUGGGCAGCAGGGUUCCUCUCCCUCCUCCCUGGUCCCUCCAUAUCCGCUCCAUCCUCUUUCAGGUCCUGGACUAGAUGAGCUGGUACAGUUAGCCACCUUACAGAGAGUCAACCCCUCCCAGUCUCAGCUUUGCCUAAGCUCCUUCUCCCCUUUGUCAGUUGCUGUUCACAAUCUACCUACGUGGCCAUUAUGAAAUAGGAGAGAAAACCUGUCUGAUUUGGGAAUUCUGGCACUGAUCUGCACCUUGAGGGGGUCUGAGGACACACAGUGACUACCCUGAGCUCAAUCAGGCCAGAGCAUAUCGCCCUGAAUCUGCCCCAGCGUGAACCUACGAUUGGGAAGGUCCUCUGCUGUGGGCCUCUCCCCCCACACUGCACACCAGGGGCCCAGGGAGCAGCUGUUCUACCUGAUUGUGCCCGUUUCCGGUUUCAACAGGAGCUUGGGGGUCAGAGCCAUGAAGGAGAAAUGUCUGUCAGGGACCGCACUGAAUCCCAAAACAGGUCUCUUGUCAUGUCUUUAACUCCCUUUCUUCUCUUUCUCCUCAUCUUUACUAUUCCUCUUUCCAACUGUAAAGUUCAUUUAUUUCUCAAUAACCGAGUGUUAAAGAAGCUGAAUUUGAUCCAAGAUUAGCAAAUAGGAAAGUAUAUUAAUGGACUUGGUUGAACCGAUUAAUAUAGCUGUUGAACCAUCAUUUUAUUUUUCUCCUCACUGCGGUUUUCUUCCAACUUUUGCCAGUGAAAUGAGGUAAAGGACCAUUUGAAGGCAAAAACCAUCACUCAGUUGAUUCAGCUGAACGUGACCAUAUUUCAGCUCAUAUCUGAUAGCCUGUAAUUUUUAUUAUUUUAAUGUGAAUACUCCUAGUAAUGUGACCAAAGCAUGUCUUUAAAAGAAAAGGCAUAUAAUAAAAAUUUUCUACAUAUUAAUAUGUAGCAAAAAUGUUUGUAUAUUUAAAUAUUUGUGACUAUAUUUACCCACUCAUAUAACAUGGAAAGGAAUAAAAUGUAAAAUGAGGUAUGAAUUCAGCUAUUCACUAUUAUAAGUUCUUUCCAUAAAAAGUGCUAUGACUAAUCUUUAUCUUAAGCAUGAAAGCAAAGAUCUUUGAAGUUACCUGAAACUGAACUCUAAAUACUACAUUUGAUAGCAAGAGUUUCAGAAAAAUGGUUUUCUUGCUAAUAAUGAUCUAUUUGGCUACAGUUGUUAAAGCAUUUAAUUGGGGGAAAAUUAUGACUUUUGUUGAAUUGCCAGACUUUCUUAAAUCAUCCUGUUAAAUAGUUAAGCUUUGCCUUUGGCAGUAUUACUUUUGAUUUCUUCUUGUCCACUUACAGAAAAGAAAUGUUUUAAUGCCAAAGAAGUAUAUUUCUGUCCUAGGUUUUCUUUCUUUUUUUUUUUUUUAAGAUUUUUUAUUUAUUUAUCUGAGAGAGAGAAUGGGAGACAGAGAGCAUGAGAGGCAGAGGAUCAGAGGGAGAAGCAGACUCCCCGCUGAGCAGGGAGUCUGAUGCGGGACUCGAUCCCGGGACUCCGGGAUCAUGACCUGAGCUGAAGGCAGUUGCUUAACCAACUGAGCCACCCAGGUGCCCCAUGUCCUAGGUUUUCAUAACACUUCAUUAAAUUGCUAAAUAUGUUAACAGCUUUUGGUGCAUUGGAAAAUCUCAAGGGAGAAAUUGCAUAUUUUCACCCAAAGGUUCAAAGGAGCAUCCUGUUUUAAUUAAUGGUGCACGGUCGAGAUAAAGGUAUUACUAAAAUAAAGCAUUAAUUUGAAACUUAAUUUAGUCUGUUAAACUUGCAUCUGUCUCUGGGCAUAUUUAACAAAGACUUUAGGUACUUAAGGUACAUUUGAAAUCUUUCUAGAAGAUAGAUAACUAUUUGGCAUUAGCUUCUUCACCAUGCUCCCCUUAAUGGAAUAUAUAUUAGGACUGGGGAGGGGAGGUAUAUUUGGAUCACAGCAUUAUCCUAUAAUCUGCAAGGGAAAUCCUAAAUUUCCGUCAUUUCACUCAGCUCUCAGCAAUAUGACAUACAUUUAAAUUCCUCUGUAAUAAAAAUUUUAGAGGAUAGGGAAGUGCCUUUUUAGAAGCAUAACCAGUUCCAACAGACUUUAAAAAUAUUACUCCAUUUCUGAUUAUAAAAAUACAGUGCAGUUGAUUGUACGUCGAUUAUGCAUCAAUAAUUACAUUAAAAGUAUAUAUAUACCUGUUUUACAAAUUAAAACUUAAUAAUAAAAGGGAUUACGUGGAAAAUAAAAGUCCUGCAAUGGAAGAGGGUGUUUGGGAUAUAGAAUAAGGGUGGGGAAAUCUAUUCACAUGUUACCUGGUAAUAAAGAUGGGUUUUACAUUUUUAUAAGGCUUAUUUGGCCCAACUACUUCAAUCUGCAGUUAUAGAUAUCCUAAACAGUGGU